UUCGUUUUCCAGUCUAGUUUCGUUUCUUUGUAAACACUGUCAUCCAGCUGAAAAUACUUUCAUUUCCCUGUAUGCCUCACUGUUCACACUUCACAAUGUUAAAGAGAGCAAUGUUUCUCUGCGGACAGCUGCGCUCUCGUGUAUUUGCGGUGGAGGUUGAUUUGCGCACAGAACCUUUAUAUUUCUCACUGAGCACAAGCCCUCAGAUUUUGAGUCAUCGUGAUUAUCCGCAGCUCUUCGGAGAGGAUGGCAAACUCUACUCGCUGCACGUUCACUGCGAUGACAGAAUUCAGAAGGCGCGAGCUCACGCGGAAAUAAAACACGGGCUGUCUGAAAAACUGGCACGAGAUUGCGACGUUUUCGAAGCGUCCUCCUAUGUCCCGGAUGUCAAAAACAGCGUCGACAAAGGCUUUUUUAUAAGGGACAGAUCCACUACAGCUCGUUCAGAGGAAAUAUUAAAGAAAUAUCACCAAAAUAAAUCGAUAUGUGUGGUUUCAUACAAGCGCGAGGGUCAGUACUGCUGGCAGGAGUUGUGGUCACCUGUCAAUCAAGUGGAGCGGGUAGAGAGACAUUACGUCACACCUGCAGCAGCCCCAGAGUUUCACCCAUCCACACUAAACAUCAAGAACUCUGAUGUGUACUACUGUAUGGACGAAGCCUAUAAGGUCCUUAAAGAGUGCACUGACAUUAUCCCUGAGUCAAAGGAAGUGCUGCAGCUUGUGGAUGAACAGGUGGAGACAAGCAGAGGAGAUGGAUUUCCAGUCAUUGUAAUUGAGGGACUGGAUGCUACAGGUAAAACUACUCUCACAGAAGCCCUGCGGGAGUCUCUGAAUGCCACUCUUCUGAAAUCUCCUCCCCAGUGCCUGGCUCCUUUUAGACAGCGCUUUGACUCUGAACCACCCCUCAUCCGCAGAGCCUUUUAUGCUCUGGGGAACUACAUCACCGCAGCACACAUUGGAAAAGAGUCCUUAAGGACUCCUGUCAUAGUGGACAGGUACUGGCACAGCACAGCAGCAUAUGCCAUUGCCACAGCAGUAAGUGGAAGAGUGGAAAACCUCCCUAGACCAUAUUCAGAACUGUACCAGUGGCCAGAAGACCUGCUCCAGCCAGACCUUGUGCUGCUUCUGACUGUCAACCCAGAGGAGAGACUGAGAAGACUCAAGGACAGAGGACAGGAAAAGACCAUCGAGGAGAUAGAGCUAGAGGUCAAUCAACUGUUCAGACUGAAAGUGGAAGAAGCUUACAAGAGAAUCCAGAAUCCUGCCUGCAUCAUCGUGGAUGCCAGCCCUUCUCCCCAAGAAGUGCUGCAACAAGUGCAGUUUUUAAUAAGGAACAAUUGUCACCUGUAAACACCCAUUUUCUGCAAGUCAGGAAGCCAUGCAAUCACUCUGCAUUCCACUAGAUGGUAGUGUAGUGUUAUGAUUUCUUCCCUAGUAGUCUAAAACCCCACUGUAAAAGUCCCAGUCAGCUGAGCCUGUUGAUUGAAAGGGAGGCUGGUGGCAAACAGCCAGUGCAUAUUUCAGGGCUCCUAUUUGGACAUGUCACAACAUAUUCCCCUUUCCACAGAGCUUUAGUGAUGACACGAGAGGGAAAGUUAUUGCGAGUGUCGUAGCUGCAUGUCAGCUCUCAUACGCAGGGUCACAGCGUCCACUUUCCUCUCUCAGACUUAUUCCCACUGAAACACAGGAACUCAACUAAAGAGGUUUGAGAAUUCAUCAAUCACUUCAAUUCGAUUUAAACACAAGAACUCAUUGUUGGUCAGCUCGAAGUUCACUCCUAUAGGAGCUGGAAGCAAGGGACUUUAUGGGGAUAUUAAAAGCAAUAGAUCUGAUCUGGGCAAUUUAAACUUUGUUUGAUUUGUUGCUGUUUCUUUUGGACACAGACACUGAUCAUUAAUUAAGAGUGAUAUGCUAGGACAAAGAAAUACUGUACAUUCAUCUCUCUUGUCAGUUCCAGAGACCUACUUUCUCUUUAUUGAAGUUCUUUAAAAAGAUUUGUGUGAAACACACUUUAAAUAUUUUAUUAUACAAAUGAUCGUCAAAAAUUCACAUUUAAAGAUCACAUGCACACCUUAAAGGGAUAGUUCACCCCAAAAUGUAAAUUCUCUCAUCAUUUACUCACCCUCAUGUCAUCCCAGAUGUGUAUGACUUUCUAUCUUCUGCUGAACACAAACGAAGAUUUUUAGAGUAAUAUUUCCACUCUGUAGGUCUAUACAAUGGAAGUUAAUGGGUACCAAAAUGUUGAAGGUCCAAAAGGACAUAAAGCCCACAUAAAAGUAAUCCAUAAGACACCAGUUGUUAAAUCUAUAUCUUCAGAAGCGAUAUAAGUUUGUGUGAGAAACAGAUCAAUAUUUAAGUUCUUUUUUACUAUAAAUUCUCCUCCCUGCCCAGUUGGUGGUGAUAUAAACGAGGAAUGUGAAUGUCCAAAAGCAAAAGAAGAAUGUGUAAGUGAAAGUGGAAAUGGAAUUUAAAAAAACAACAAAACUUCUCUGUUUCUCACCCACACCUAUAAUUUCGCUUCUGAAUAUAUGGAUUUAACUUGUGAAUAUUUUCAUGCUGCCUUUAUGUCCUUUUGGAUCUUCAAAAUGUUGGUACCUAUUCACUUGCAUUUUAUUGACAAUUAUUAUUCCCCAAAUUCUCAUUACUGUUAUGUGUAAUUACUAAAUAAUUUGAUUUUUUUUUAAUAUUUAAAUCAGCAUAAAUAAAAGGUAAAAAAACAAACAAACAAACAAAAAAAAAAACAUAAUAUAUAAAUAAUUUAUUAUAUAAUAUAAUAAAAUAUAAUAUAAUAUCUUUUUGUUUUGUUUUUUGCAUUACAGUAAUGGGAAUUGGGGCCGGGGAGUGCAUAACUGUCAUAAAAAUAAAGUGACAAUGCAAAAAAUCUUAAUGGUCCUUAAAACAGGCCUCAUUUUCUUUAUGCGAAAUAUAUUGUAUUAUUUUGUAUCUUUUGAUGUUGGGGUGAAAUGUGACCUGGACAUGUUAUUCAUAAGUUUUAUUAAGAUUCACCCACCCAAAGAUCCGUUCGCAUACACAUACACACUAACACUACCACUCUUAUUCUAUAGUUCAUUUAUAUGGUAAGUGCUGUAUUUACCCAGUGAUAGCAAGAUUAAUUAAUGGUUUUAGUAAUUAUGAACUCAGUGAGGAUGUAAGACAGAGUGACCCGUCUCUCUCACAAUGAUGCCUCAGCAGAGGGGAGAAGAGAGUGGGGUAAAUUCAUAUGGCAAUUAAUGGAGUCCUGUAGAUCACUGUCAAAUGGCUUUCCACACCACUGCGCAAUUACACACUCCCCUUCUACCCUCGCUAUAAAUGCAAUUAUAUGUUUAUUUUUUAGCACACUGCAUAAACUCCAUAUAUGCUUGUUGUCAGUAGUUAAUAUGAAUGUCUUGUACUGCACCUAAGGCACUUAAAAUGCCAUAUUUAAAUGUGCUAUGUGGGAAAUGGACUGGUCAGUGAUUUUAUAGCAUGAUUAAACUGGUUUGACUUAAAUUCCAUUUAUUUAUUUCUUUGCUUGGAGCCCACUUGGGUGCCCAGUGGUCAGACAGCCAGCUUGACCAAUUUUCCAUCUAUCUGCAAUUGCUCUCAGAGGGAAUUUUCAGUGUUUAAGGAUUUUUCAGUUGCUAUAGACAGACUUUCCUACAAUGCAGUUCUUAUGAAUGCAGGGGAGAGGUUAUAGUAUUGUUUAUGUAUAUACAAAGUAAAAAACCCCAAUGAACAUUCAAUGUGUAUUCAACAGAAAGUAUACUAUAAGGCAGCUAGUUCUGUUUUAAAAAACAAUCUACAUAUAUUUACAAUCUAUCCUCAAACUCCUACAAGCAAAUAAACAGGCAACCUUAAUUUUUCAUUUCAGUCUAAACUAUUUAUGCAAAUCAGACAUUUACAUUUAUUCAGUUAGCUGACGUUUUAAUCUAAAGAGACUUAUACAGUAAUCAGAAAUAAAAAAAGCCAAAUGCAUUUACCCCCUUAGUCUUUAAAUAUACAUUAGAUCAUAUGUGCAACUGAAAUGUGGAAAAUCAGGUCACAGUGCUAAAGUUCUGUGCAGAGGGGUAGGCCACCAUCCUCAGCAGGCCCCGCACAAUCUACAUUGGCCACUUCAAUAUUUCAUUAGCACAACAAAGAAAAAGACAGAGAAAACCCUCUCUGCAAUAAUUAAAGAUCCAGCAGGGAUGGAGCCGCACCAACCUGAUCUCACAUAAAAUUCAGCAAGUGUGUGCUGAUUUUUCUUUAGCCGAAAUCGGUAUACAUUGACCGAAUUUGAAAACACUGCCUCUAGAGGCUAAAGCGGUAAGUGUUUAUAAACAAUUGUGACAUCAAUUUAUAUCCAGGAGAGUUCGCCAGAAGCCAGCUGUAAAAAGAAUUGUUUUCAGCUGAACAGGGUGUAAAACAGUGAAGAGAAAUGCUUAUUUUAUUUAAUCUACCCCUAAACCAAAACUCAAAUCUAACCCUAACCAUUAGUAGUGACAAAAUGCAAUGUUAGGGCUAAAAUUGCAAUCUUCUUAUCACACUCGUGAUUAUUUACUCAACCGUGAUUACUUUCUCGCUUGAAUGAGGAUUGAACUGUGGUCUCCCAUGCAACUGACGCAACACGCUACCAGUCAUGCCAUGAGGGAAAGUAAUUGAUGUUGAGCCAUUCCAAAUAUGUCCAAUGAGAGACAGGGCAUGUCAGUGAGUCGGCAUACUAUUGCCGAUCCUAGGGUACCAGAACUUUCAGAAACAGCAUGCCGACUUCCCGUGUGGUCAUGUUGGCUGCACAGCAGUCUGUGGUCCCCCUGCCUAAGUAAUAGAUCAAAUGAAAGCUGUCACUAUGAACAUGAAUAAUGAGUGAAGUGCUGUGAGAGAGGUGGGGGUGGUAGGGGGGUAGGAUGGUGUGGGAUCUGGAGACCUGGCACUGAUGCCCUCCUUCUCCAGGUCUACAGAAGCUACCAACUGCUCUGGGGGUUCUGUGUUGGAGGUGGGGGGCUAAAGAGGCCUGUAGGACCCCAUGGAAGGCAUGGCAAUAGGAAGAAUUGACCAGAGAGGGUGUGUGUGAUGUUUUGAUGUCUUCUACAGUAUGUACAAUGCAUGGGUUAGUAUGUGCUGUAUGGGUUAAUCUUACAUUAACAUAUCCAGGUCACUCUUCACCCCCCUCAAAUGUUUAAAAAAAUAAAUAAAUUAUAUGCAAAUUAAAGGAAUGUUCUGGGUUCAAUACAAGUUAAGAUCAAAGGACAGCAUUUGUAGCAUAAUGUUGAUUUCCACAAAAAAUUAUUUUAACUUGUCAAACAUUGCAGUUACAGUAAGGCACUUACAAUGGAGGUGAGUAGGGCCAGACCAUAAACUUCAAAGUACACACUGCUUUAGAAGUAUAUCCACAAGAUGUAAACAUUAUAUGUGUUGAAAUGAUUUUAGUGUGAUAAAAUCACUUACUAAUCUUUCUGUGUAAAGUCAUAUCCAACAUAACUUUACAAAAGGGUUUACAUGGGGAAAACCCUGUAACUGAUUUUACCACAAUAAAAUCAUUUUGAACAGAGAUCUUAUCACACUAAAAUCAUGUUAUUAUAUAUUGUUUACGUUUUGUUGCUAUACUUUUGAAACAGUGUGUAUUUUGAUAUUUAUGCAGAGUUUUUCCUGGGUCAAAAAUGGUCUUCGGUGGUGACUGAUGUAUACGGUCAUCUACGUGGUCGAAGUUGGUUUAUUAUAUAAUUGCAUUUAAUUAAAAUAUAACAUAAUUCCUUAAUUUAAUUUUAUGUUUACAUUGUAUACGAGUUAUUUUACACCAGCUUAGUAAAUGGAAACUUUUUUGAAUUUAACAAAUUUAUUUUUUUUUUUUUUACUUUUUACUUUAAAGAUGCUAUGUGAAAUUAAACUAAAUUAAAUUAACCUUAUUUCUGUAAUUCAUUUUUUAGAAAGACUAGCUACAUUGACCUAACCACAGAAAUGAGGAGCCAUCCAUUGAGCGAUCCAAAACCUUUAUUUUGGCGUAUGUCAAAAUAAUCCAGUAGAGCGGUUCUCUUGUGCUAGUGGUUCUGUGAUGGCUUGCGCGAGUCAUGCCAAACUGAGCAUACUCACAAAAACCAGGCAGAUGCGUUGCACAAAAGCGCAUCUCAGAUGAGAAGCAUAUGUAGGGCAAAUAAAAGCACUGAAAAUAUUAAAUUAUAUUUUGCCACUCCAAAAUUUAGCUUGGGCCCCAUUCACUUCCAUUGUAAGUGCCAUAUUUUAACUACGACGUUUGCUUAUUUUUAUUUAUUUGUUUUUAUAAUCGAGGGACGAGUUGAAAUAUUUUUCUGUGGUAAUCAACAUUAUGCUACAAAUGCUAUCAGGUAUCGAACCUGGAACAUUCACAGGUGCUGUAAGAGAUUUUUUCAUGGAAAGGUAUGCAAAAUUUGUUCUCCCUGAAAAAUGUCACUGAAAUUAGUGUCCUGAGACAUCUCACUGGUCUCCGUGACAGCACUAUACUCUGUAAACAGCAAACAACAAUGUGUCUGCGGGUUGCGGUCUCUGAUGCUUUCUGUCUGUCAAUCAUUUUGUGUGUUCUCAUAGGAUUGUAGUUGUAGCGAAUUACUGAAGAUUAAUGCAACUUUUAUGCCAUAACAGUUGUCAGUUGAGGGUGCUAUUUUGGUGCUGUUGUUUUUGACAACCGCUUCUGCUCUGUGUUGAUCUUAGUAAAGCUCACUUGGUAUCUUUAGAGUGCUGUGUUUUGGAAAGAGCGGGGGUGCCUAAUCCAACGGCUCAGCUUGUGGAAAUUCCAGAAUGGCUAAAAUCACUUAUAGCAACUUUAAGCACAUUUUCUCCUCAAAUUGUCAUUACUGGAAUGCGACUAGACAUUUUACUUUUUUUUUUUUUGUGAUCAUUUUUUUUUAUUUUAUUUUUUUUGAGG